GUUUCGGUAGAGGCAAGCCUUUCCCAAACACUGCGUGGACCUGUCCGCUCUGGGGACUGAGGGAGGCGGGGCGUGGAAACGGUGUACGACCGGUAAACAUCUGGGACGGGAAUGUAAAAAACUACCAACGGUACGCGAACACGAAACGGAGUGCCAUCGGGGCAUAAAGUAAAGACUGUCCAUCGAGAUUCCAAUGGAAGCGGAUGGUUUCCCGAGAAGGCAUCGGAUGACAGCGGAGACAGCAGGCGGGAACGCCGGGGUUGCUGGAGCCUCAGCCGGCGCAGAGGUCCGAUGGUUCAGUGGAAGGAUCUGGGGAUUGUCGGAGAGCCUCGUUGGGAAUUUGUCUCCCCGGAUCGGAGGCGAGGCAGAGAUACAGACUGUUCAGUUUAGCGGUGGCCCUCCUGAAAUAGCAGAUGCUUCGGAACCGGAGUAUGAGGGUUUGCCGCAAGGCGCUUCCACCAGCACCCACAUGUUUGCAGGAGCAGUGGCUGGAAUCAUGGAGCAUUGCCUGAUGUUCCCCAUCGACUGUGUCAAGACGCGAAUGCAGAGCCUACAGCCUGAGCCUGCCGCCCGCUACCGGAAUGUGAUGGACGCGCUUCGGCGAAUCAUAACCACAGAGGGUGUCUGGCGACCAAUGAGAGGGCUGAAUGCCACGGCCGUGGGGGCAGGACCGGCGCAUGCUCUCUACUUCGCCUGCUACGAGAAACUGAAGAAGAGUCUGGGUGACCUCAUCCAUCCCGGUGCAAACAGCCACCUGGCCAACGGUACGGCAGGGUGUGUAGCCACAUUGCUUCAUGACGCAGCCAUGAACCCAUCUGAAGUGGUGAAGCAGCGUUUGCAGAUGUAUAACUCUCCGUACCGCGGCGUGAUGGACUGUGUGCGUGCCGUGUGGCAGAGCGAGGGCCCCGGGGCCUUUUACCGCUCCUACACCACCCAGCUCACCAUGAACGUCCCCUUCCAGGCUCUCCACUUCAUGACCUACGAGUACCUCCAGGAGCUGCUCAACCCCCACAGACAAUACAACCCCUCCUCACAUAUGGUGUCUGGAGCCCUGGCCGGGGCCAUCGCUGCUGCAGCCACCACCCCUCUGGAUGUCUGCAAGACCCUGCUCAACACCCAGGAGUCCCUGGUGGGGCUCCCCGCUGCAGGCCAGGGUGGAGGUCAGGGGACACACAGACACAUCACGGGCCUGGCCCAUGCCUUCCGGACAGUGUACAGGCUGGGUGGCCUGCCUGGGUUCUUUAAAGGAGUCCAGGCCAGGGUGAUCUAUCAGAUGCCCUCCACAGCCAUCAGCUGGUCUGUCUAUGAGUUCUUCAAGUACGGAAUCACCAAGCACCAGCACGAGAAGAGGGUCGCGCUGCAGCGGGAGGAGAAAUAAAUCAUGUCCUUUUUUCUUUCAGGCAUAUCUCUUCACCAUCUCUUCCUUUUCCUUUGGAGCAGGUGUUCAGAGUGAGGGAGAAAUGAGGAAGAAUCAAUACGCACAUAAACCAACCAAUACCCACCUCUUAUUUACCCCGUUCAGACUUCCAAUAAGACACUUCCAUCUGUGGCUCAACCAUCUCUGCUAAACUGUUUGAAACCGAGGAUUUACAAUACACUAUGAAAGUGAAUAUGUGAUGUAUUGACAGUACGUGUUCAAUGUGUACCCAUAUAACGCACAUAAAGGUCAACCUGAAAGAGAUGCUUCUGUUUUACUCCAGAGGAUUUAGUUGUGAAAUAUGUGAAGUGUCCAGCACCUUUCAUAGAGUAUCGUUGGGAUGAAUUUGACGACAGCUGUUCUGUCAGUGUUCUUAAAGGCAGACUAUGACCUCAUCAUACACAGACAGUUGGCCACUUCCUGCUUUCGGAAAUUAACAACAAGAUUGUCUAAUUGAGGCGCAGAUUGGAAAUAGCCAGUAGUGGCGGUCAUCUUGGCAGAUUUUGAUUCUGUUAUUGUUAUGUGUUAGCGGGAAGUCGCCCAGCUUUGUAUGAUGAUCUAUUACGGAGUCUAUCUGUAGUGUUAAUUCUUGCGUUUUAAUGUAUCUGGAUGAGAAUGUUGUUCACUGUAAGCCCCACCAGGGGGCACUGUGACCAUCCCAAUAAAGCUCUUGAGUAAUAUAAUUUGGCCAGGUGUGAGUGACAGUGGGCCUUUAGGGGGCAUUUGUGUAAACCCGCCUUAACCCCAGACCUAGUAUCAGUUUGUCAUUUCGUGAACUGGUAGAGACGUAAACCUCUUCUUGAGGUUUGAAAUCAGGAAUUUCUCUCAAAAUAUAGACUUAAAUAUAUAUAACUUAAAUAUAUUGCUGCCAGUAAGUUGUAAAGUAGAGUAAAUAUAUUCAGAGAGGAACUAUUGAGUUAAAGUGGUUCCUGAACCCCUACAGUACUAACGUUGGUUGGCUUUCACUUUGGUUGGCUUUCACUUUGGUUGGCUUUCACUUUGGUUGGCUUUCACUUUGGUUGGCUUUCACUUUGGUUGGCUUUCACUUUGGCUUUGGAGUAUAGAAAGAAUGGAGAGAAUCACCAUGGAUCUUUGGACAAUUCAUUGGAAGAUAAAUUCCAUCUUGCCUUGUUAUUUGCACUGAUGUAAGGAGAGUGUGGGGGGGGGGGGAUCUCACUUUGUACUUUUGCUUUGAGUAGAUCAAAUUGUUGGAUGGGUUCGCCCACACAGGUGACAGGUAGCUUAGCGCUUAAGAGCGUUUGGACCGUAACCGAAAGGUUGCUGAUUCAAAUCCACGAGCCGACCAGGUUUUAACAUUAUACUGAUGAGCCCUUGAGCGACGCACUUAAUCCUGAUUGCUCCUGUAUGUCGCUCUGCAUUUGACUAAAAUAACUCCAAUGUAAACACACUUCAGUUUACAGUCACACCCUUGUUUUACCUGGACUGACUGGCUGUUCCUGUAGUAAAAGAACACGUGAAGGUUUAGACAGGACAGGUUGGCUAAAACACAGGCUGACUGGCACACAGAAUAUGGAUCCCCACACAUGAAGCAAAAUCCACACUACAGAAACAUGUUUCCAUCAUGUGAAUGUUACGGUCUGACCCUGACUCGAAAGGGUCAAGAAGGAAAGAGCUCAUGUUUCAGGGGAACUUCCAUUGAAAGGUUUCUGCACAAGUCAACUGUUUGUUUAAUAAGCCGUUCUAAAGACUUCAGGUAGAAGUAACCGUUAGACACAGAUCUAGGAUCAGCUUCCUCUCCCGAAAUACUAACUUAACCAUUGGAGAGAAUGCUAAACUGGCCUUAGAUCAGUGGCUAGGGGUGUGACAUCAUUAUACUGUUGUGUAUUAACUAUUACAUGAAUUGAUUGAUUAAGGGACUUAUCCAUGACACGGUGUGUAUGACUGUGUUUAUACAGGCAGCCCAAUUCUGAUCUCUUAACAAUAAUUGGUAUUUUUACCAAUCGGAUCAGAUCUUUUGCCGAUAAUUGGACACAAGGUCAGAAUUGGGCUGCCUGUGUAAACGUAGCCUGUGUGGCCUCAGCUGUGUGUGUGGAUGAUGAAUUCAGCUGAUCAGUCUUCUUGACCUCUGUCUGACUGUCCUCUGUAGUCCUGUCUGAUCAAUAAACAGAGCAGUAGACUCCC